GUCGCCAUUACCCUGUAACUUAGAGAUGAGUAAACAACCAAAUUUAUUUAAGAAUAAAAUAUGCAGCAAUUCUUUAAAUGAUUGAUAGUUAAAGUUUUGCACAUUUUUGUUCAACAGGUACUGAAAUUUUGUGUUGCUGUUAAUUAAUUUGUGGUAUUUUUUGGUAGAAUACUUUUAAUUUCUUUUGUAAUAUAAUAGUACUGCAAGUGCCAAGUGCCCCAACAGCAGCAUAGACGGCAUAGUAUAUGAUUCACAGUGGCGCAUUGAUUGUUAAUUACUUUUAGUGCCUAGUUACUAGCUUAGGUUAGUCAGUAAAGUAAGUUUUAGACUAAUUAAGUUAGUUGUUAGUAAUAUUAGACUUAGUUAUAAGCAUACCAUCUGUGUACUGAGUACUGUUUCAGUAGGCAGUAGGCGUAGGCCUAUAAAUUAAAAGAAAUAUCAUGGGCAUUGUCAUUGGUUCUUGCUGUGGCCAUGUCGUAAGUGUAGUUAUUAGUGUAGAGCCCAGACCCUGCCACACUCCAAGUUGUUUAUGCAGUUCAGGUGCAUAUUGGCGUAUAUUUAUUAUUUUUUAAUGCAUUUCGUAUUUUCUCAUGUAAACUUGCGUGUUAGUAUUCUUUAUUAAUUAUAUACAGGCAGUUAUAGUUAACUAAUACUGAAUUAUACUUAUACAGCGCUUUUUUUCUUGAUUUCUAAAGCGCCUUAAAACAUCCCCCAACCAAAGUUACAUAGCCCCAUUUGUUUUGUUGUUUUUUUUUCCAUCCUCUGGCCAGGUUUUUAAUCACUUAUAAGUUAGUAUGCUAAACGAAAUUUUCAAACUGUAGGCUAGGGAUGUUCACAAAAAAGAAUGAAAUAAUGGAUUUUUCAUCAAGCGCAAGACCCCCCCCCCCUUUUCUUUUUUUUCCUCUCAGACUCAGAGCGUUCAGAAUAUACGGGUUGUCCCUUGAAGUCGUGAGGGGGGGGGGUGGAGGAUUAGAAGUGGAUUACCGCCUAAGGCAGCGGUAGUGGGAUCACUUUGGUCAAAAUGGCAGGAUGAAAGAAAUUUUCAAACUUAAGGAUAGGGAUUUUUCCAAAAAAGAAUGAAAUAAUGGAUUUUUCAACAAGCGCCAGACCCCCCCCCCCCUUUUCUUUUUUUUCCUCUCAGACUCAGAGCGUUCAGAAUAUACGGGUUGUCCCUUGAAGUCGUGAGGGGGGAGGGUGGAGGAUUAGAAGUGGAUUACCGACUAAGGCAGCGGUAGUGGGAUCACUUUGUUCAAAAUGGCAGGAUGACCAAGAAACAAUAAUUCAAAUUGUUGAUCCAACGGAAAUUUUAAAUGAUACAGCAUUUGGUUUAUACGAACACUUUGUGAGGCAACAAAUAACAUUAAUACAACUGUGGAAUUUCUCGCAAGGUGCUCACCUUUGAAGAAAAAAAUGGAAUGUAACUAUUGCAAUGUGGCUUGUAAACUGGCUACAUAUGUCAAGUAUGAGAGUCCCCUAUAACUGGUUAUAUUUGAUUAGUAAAGUUAUAAAAUAAAUACAACAAGAUACAUCAGAUUGGGCAACUUUUACAACGUAUCUUUAAAGACAGAAGAGUUAUCCUUGAUUUACCAAAAAGCCUCCAUAAAAGACAAAAGAUCCAUAAAAAUGUACUUUAUUUAUCUUGUAAAAUUUUUUUUAAAUGUUGUAUUCCAACAAAAAGAUGUUAUUUAUUUUUUUUUUUAAAUAAAAACAUUCACUUAAUUUACACGUAAAAAUACGAAAUUCGACCAGAAAUAAUAUACGCACCUGAACUGCACUUUUAGCAGUUUGUGAGUAUGGGGGCUGGCGCCAGGGGAGAAAUAGUAUAGUAUAAAAUGUAAUUAUACAAAUUGUUUUAAUAGCGUAUCAGGAGAAAGAAUAGAUAUUGAUAUUGAAAUCGAGUAAUUAUAUAUUUUAACUUAACUUAACGCCUAGGCCUAAGUCUAAAAACCCAAAAUAAACCAGAAACAGUAUAGGUACAUCAUUACUUGGUCACAGAAUGCUUGGGUAAUUUAUUUUUUGCCUGGUGGCCUUGCCAAAUACCGCUGAUACCAGUGAGUGUUGCACUGUCUUUUUCAUGACAUUUACUAGGAAAUUGUGUAUGUGUGUGUGUUAAAAUUAUUUUUAUAAAUAUUAAUUAUGUACCACAAAUAUAAAUAAAAUGUAACUGCCUCCAUUAAUUUGUUUAUCGUUGUUCUAGGAAUGAUGAAAAGCAUAUGCUUACCAAAGGCUUGGCCUCAUGUCUGGUAGAAAGCAGAAGCGGGUUGGCCCAGCUGAAAGUAACAGUUCUUUGAUUGAGAUUCGUCCUUCUCGUAUACUUAGGAUUCAGCAUUUUAAUUCAAGGCCAAGAGAUGAUAAAUUUGAAAAAGAGAUGCAGCUCUACACUCAGUAUAGAAAAAAAAACAUUUCCUCAUCUGGUCCUCUUACAAUGCCCAAAAAGCAUAAAAAGGAUUUUACAAAUAAAAUACCUCAGCAAAAUUUAAAAUCAGGAACAUCAGCGGCAGAAGACAGUCAUGACAAUAAUUCAGAAUCACAAUCUGAUUGUCAUGCUUCCAAAAGAUCAAACAUGAAUUCACCAGGGAAAAACACUAUAUCACCUCUCAGCAGCCUGACAUCAUCCCCAUCUCAUCUAAAUGCCACAGCGGAAAUCAGAUCAGCAUCAAGUGUUCAACUUGCACUUCGCAACAAAAUGUUGCUUCUAAAUAAUCAGGAAAACACAUUAACUAAGACCUCUCAAGAAUCAAGUAAAAAUACCCUUGUGAAGAUUCAGCAGCUCAACCAUGGAACUGGAACUAACCUGGAUCUUGCACUAAUCAAUAAUUUCCAAAUGGAAGGGGAUGAAAGUUAUAGUUGUCCUCCUGGGGCCUUAAGUCUACCUACCAGAGAAAAAAAACACAAUGAUGCUUCAUUCUAUCCAGAAUUAUUUAAGAAACAAAAGCAUAAAGAAAGUUCCAGUUCUGAUAGUGUUGAUGGUCCUUCAACAUCCAGUGAAAAUUAUAUAGUACCAGUAGUAGUAGAUAAAGAUCUGGUCCUCUUUUUUAUUCAUGGAGUUGGUGGUUCAUCAGAUGUUUGGUACUCUCAAGCCCAGUAUUUUGCCAAUCUUGGCUAUGAAGUUGUUAUACCAGAUUUGAUAGGUCAUGGAUUUAGCUUUGCCCCAAGAAAUGCUAAGGCAUAUCACUUCAAAGAAAUAGCUGCAGAUCUUGAAGAAGUAUUUGAUAAAUACUGCAAGAGGAGAAAUAUUAUUAUUGGACAUUCUUAUGGGUAAAUCUGAACAUUAUAUAUGCAAUAUACACUGUAACAGUAUUUUUACUUUUGUAUAUUUGCUUUAUAUUUUUAUUUACCUGAACUUUAGAAAGGAAAAAGAGAAGAUAUGGAGUUUGAAAAUCGUAUAAAGAUUUGCAGAACCUGUAUUGUAAAAGUUAUUUAACAAUUAUAAACAUUUCUUACUAGCCAAUUUUUACUAGACCUUAUUACCCUUCUGUUUUUUCACUGUUAUCACAAUAAUUUUCCAUUUUACCUCUGAGAAAUGGGAUUAAAGCCUUAUCAAAACUUCAUAUCAGACUUGAAACUUUACAAACCAAUAAACUCUGAGUGAUAAGUGGCGCAUACAAUUUAUAGGCUAAAUUCUUUCUUUCCUUUACAACUAGGAUAAACCAUAUAGACUUAAUUUUUCUUCAUCAAAAUUAUUUCGUUCUAAAUGUUUAAAUUCACAUGUUUAUUUAAAUUAUACUGGUUAUAUUAUCAGUAUUUUAUAUAUUUCAGUGCAUCAUUUGCAACAUUUUUGGCUAGAAACCGCCCAAGACGAGUGAAUAAGUUGAUUCUAAUCAGUGGAGGACCCCCAACACCCUUAGCACCCCAAGCUGGUGUUUUCACUUUACCUUAUUGCAUGCUCGCCUGUAUAAAACCUUGUCUUGUAUGUGGAUUUCACAAGUAUGUACAAAAUAAGAUUUACAAUAAAAAUGAUUAUCGGCUUUAAAAAAAAAUGUUGUUAUAAGUUACUUAAUCUGAGAUGCAAACAGUUUUAGUUUACCUGCUAAGCUUUACAUAAUUAUACCACUACUCAUUAUAAUUUCAAGAAAUAAACAUUUUAAAAGUAUUCUCUUGAGCUAGGCUUGUAUAUUAUAUUUCAUCAUGGUUUAUUUUCUAAAAAAAAAAAGAGGUGCAUUUCACAAGACACGAACUCCAGUUAUUCCUAAAGAGGAGGCAUUUAAUAUCCCAGCAUAUGUUCUACAGAACAUCAUGAAUGGACAGGACUGGCCCGAUGGAGAUGAACUAUUUCACAACUGGGUGACUUGCCCAUGCCUACUUAUCUAUGGCGCUCAGGAUCAGUUAGUGUCAUUGUCUGAUGAAGAGGACAUGGCUCAGGUUUGAUUAGUUAUAAUUAUUAUAGGCCUAGAUUUAAUUUAAGUGACCGAGAUGUCAUUUAUUCAUUGUCUGCUUUUGAUCCUGCACAAACUUUUUUUUAAAGACUCUAGCCCUAUUUUUCACACAAAAAUUAUCCUUAGUAACACACUCUCACCCUAAAAAAGGUUGGGCCAAUGGCCAAUCAUCUUUGCACUACCAGUAUAAGAUUAAAUUUGACAAUUUUAAUGUAGAAUCUCAUGUAGACCAAAUAAGUUGUCAGUUCCCACAGAAACAAGGACAUUGCAACAUUACUUUACAGUAUAAUGUUUUAAAUUAAAUCAGCAGUUUUCAAAACUGUCAUCAGUUUCAUGAUGGGAACUUGGGUGUAAAUAUGACAUCCCAUUGUUGUUGUUGUUUUUUUUUAAUGGGUUAAUAAGCUUAGGCCUACAAACUUUUUUCUUCAAUUUUGAUAAAAUACAAAUGAUCAUAUUCAUAAUUGUUGAUCCAUUUUUUAGGUAAUAUUUGACUCCAAGCUAGAAGUGAUCAAAGAUGCCAGCCACAUGGUGAUGAUAGAGGCCCCAGAUGAAGUGAAUCAACUUUUGGAGAAAUUCAUUCUAAAAUCUGUUGACCCAGCAAGUAGUCUUCCUCAAAACAGCAAUGCAUUACAAUCUGAGUCGAACUCCUCACUGCCCGCAGAAAACUUGAAAACCAACAGAUCCUUAAAGUCUGCCAGAUCUCAGCAUUCUUUACCGCAGAAUUUACUUAGCAAAAGCAUUACAGGUUGAUUAUUUUAUAAUUUAGCCAAUUAAAACAUUUAUUACUUUAUUGCUAAAUAUUAUUUUUUUUUUAUUCCUACUAGAGCGUUAAUUCUAUUUUUUUAACCUAAAACUAACCUUGCUUUUAAAUAAUAAUAAUGCAUCAUGUUUACUUUUUUUUUAAUAGUUUUAUUAAACUUUACAUGACAUGAAGUCUGUCUGUCAGUCUGUUUCAAUUUCUUCCCUACCCUUUUUUAAUUCACCUCCCUACAGAUAGCUACACUUUGACACACACUUUGAUGUCUGUGCAAAACAUUUUAAGAGAUUAAAAUUUGAUGGAUCCCAAAAUGACCUGUCCUUUAAGAUAAUUUUUUUAUUAUUAUAAGUUAUUUUAAGACAUUCAAAAAGGAAGGAAGAGAGAAAAAUGUAUUUGUUAAGUUAAACACUUGCUUUUAAUAUUUAGGCAUACACGUUUUAUUAGUGUUUUAAAUUAUUGUUUUUAAGUUUUAGAUGUCAGAAUGUAAAUUAAUCUUUAUAAUUGAAGGUACUUAAUUUGUUAAAAUUAUGUUGACCUUAAAUAAUGUAAAUAAUAUUUUAUUUUGAGAUUUCAUGUAUAUUGAUUUUUAUUAGAUUGUAACUAAUGUGUGGCAUAAAUCUUGUUUAUACAUUGU